CCCAACCCAUCUGACAAGAAGAAGAAGAGUUCCGGGUUCUUUUCAACCGAAAGCUGCUCGCGACUUUCCGCUUUCUCACGUCGCUCACACAGCGGUGAACCAUGUCUCUCUUACUGGAUAACCAAUUCAAAGACCUGCCUCCUGACAAGGCGAUAGACACAAAGUUGUUCCUGGAGUCUGUCGCUCAUAUUCCUUCAUUUUUCGACUGCUUGGGAUCAAACGUAUUUUCAGUCAUCAAAUCAGACAUUAAUGGCAACAUACUGAAAAUUAAAGCAGUGUAUGUGAAGGAUCCUGCAAAGUACGUCACCCUGCAGGACAUCGUGGAGGCCGAGCGAGAAGCCCAUCCAGCAGAAUGGCCCAAAGUCGGAGCAACAUUAGCUCUGAUGUGGCUGAAAAGGGGUCUCCAUUUCAUACAAAUCCUGCUGCAGAGUUUGGCAGACGGAGAGAGAGAUGAGAACAACCCCAACCUAAUUCGGGUUAAUGUCACCAAAGCGUAUGAACAGGCGCUGAAGAAAUACCACGGCUGGAUUGUUCAAAAGAUUUUCAAUGUAGCGUUACAUGCAGCUCCCUACAAAUCAAACUUCCUCAAGGCUCUGUCAAAAGGAGAGGAAGUGAAAGAGGAGGACUGUUUGGCGAAUGUGCGUCAGUUCCUGGUUAAUUACACCGUCACUGUGGAUGCUAUAUACGACAUGUACACAAAUCUCAACGCAGAGCUGGACUACACCGUUUGAUGUCCCGGGACAUCUGUCCAUCCUCUCAGGUGUCGGGUCGGACAAGUUCUGUUUUAAAAAGUGUUUUUAAUAAGAUUGUUUUUAAUCUUUUCAUUUCAGUGUGAUAUUUAUUACUUUUAUUAUAUCUUACCAAAUAUUACUACAAAAAAAUGCCUUAAAUUCAAACUAUUAUAACAGAAGAUUAUGAUUUUAUUCUUGUAUUUCAUUUCGAAAAGCUGCAGGAUUGUUACAGCAACAGUGCAGCUCUCACUCUUACGCAAAAUUAUGGUAUUGUGUGUGUGUGUGUGUGUGUGUGUGUGUGUGUGUGUGUUGCGGCUUUAUUUAUGACAUUAACGGGCAUCUUUAUACUUGUUCCAUGAAGUGAAGAAUACAAGACUGUAAACAUUGUUAUUACAGGAAACCAUUACUGUUCACAUUCUGAUGUUCUCUGCCUCCCGGGCCCUGGAGUCACCUCCACUGUUAACCCUGGAGCAUCAAAAAUCAUUUCAAUUGUGCAUUAAUCCACCUGUGCCUUUGUGUAACUGUACAAAUAAACAAUGUUUUCAAUCAAUACAUUUGCAAUUCUCUUUUCCCUACAAAGCGAAAGUUAGCAGAGCUGCACCUGUUUAUCUUCUGAGGGCUCAACCUGUGUGAAGUCUGUGUUUAGUCUGAAGGCGUGGUCCAGCUGUGUAUGCUUUGUGUGUAUUGUUUGGUGGCCUCUUUUUUUUUUUUCUAUUUCUCUCAACUGACCUAACUUCUAAGCGCAUUAUAAUGUCAAACGAUACGUUUCAUGUCGGCAAACGGCACAGUUAUUAAUACAUUAUAGAUUAGAGCUGUGUUUUCUGUAUGAAUACUUAUAGAUCACAAACUAUGAUCACAUUUGUUCUUAUCACAAGAUCCAAUAAGUGUUGCGACUCGAUUGACUUACAGUUCAUGAAUUGUACUCUAGGUGGCGAUGUUUACUUAAUUUUGCCUUUUUUUAUUCACAUUUGUGUUCAAGCUACUGCAUGAAAUAUUUUAAAAUAUGCUCAUUGAUUAAAAAAAAAAUCAUACAUUUCACACAAUGCAGAUACAGUUCCAGUCUUUGCCA